AUGGGCAACUCCGGCAGCACAGCUCCCGCACCACUAGGAAAGACCCAUGUUCCAGACUUAGAAUGGAAGGUUCAUGACUUCUCAGCGCUACUUGAGACGAAAGCUACCUCAGUGCUAUCUGCUCCUUUUCACUGCUCUGGGUACAAUUGGUGCCUGCAAGUAACUCCAAAGCACAAACAAGAUGCUCAAGUGACUCCAAAGCACAAACAAGAUGAUAAAGGAAAUCCAUAUGUUGCUCUUUCUCUUAUGAUGUCCCAGGGAUGUUUGGAGCCAGGUCACACGGUGCAUGCAGACUUUGAGUUGUCAAUAUUCAACCAUUCAAAAGGAAUGUAUUAUGGAUACAAAGCUAGCCACAACUACGCUUUCCAGAAUGGCUACUCGAACAAGGAAUGCUUGAUUUCUCUUCAGGAGCUACUGAAAUCAUCUGCUUUUCUAGUUGAUGAUAGUUGUGUCUUUGGUGUGGAGAUAUUAAAAAUUGAUGUCUCUUCUCCUGAAAAGAAGGCCGUCGUGGUUCAAAAGAAAGCUACCACAGUUCAGAACCUCUUUAUCCAGAAGAAGGGAUUCAUCAAAGGGACAUACACUUGGACCAUAAACAAUUUCCAAGAAUUGGAUUCUCAGAACUUUGUCCGUUCUCCUAAAUUUGAAGUUGGCGGGCACAAAUGGUACAUUGGCAUGUAUCCGCGUGGUGAGAGGCGCAGAACUGAUUGCCUCGCCUUGGGAUUGUACCGGGAGUCUGCGGAUGAGCUGUCCAGGAAGGUGGUUCAAAUUACUCUGUCCAUCCUGGACCAAAAGAAUGGGAAAUACCUCACUAGAACUACAAAUCUCUUAGUGUGUACACAUCCAGAAGGGUGGGGAUGGAUAGCCUUCUUGCCACUCAAGGAACUCCAGGAUAAGUCCAGAGGGUAUCUUAUAGAAUCGAAGUACGUCCUCAAGGCAGAUUUCACUAUCUUCGGGUCAUCGAAUGAUGGCUAG